AAGGAGCGGUCACCUCGAAACAGGGCGUGGCCCCCCGGCGGCUGCUGCGAUGUUGUGGUCUCUCGCCUGCUUGGCCCAGGGUUACAGAGGAAUGUAAUCGAGGAUGCUGGCCCUGCGGCUGCUCAACGUGGUGGCCCCCGCCUACUUUCUGUGCAUCUCCCUGGUGACCUUCGUGCUGCAGCUGUUCCUUUUCCUGCCCAGCAUGCGCGAGGACCCCGCGGCUGCCCCUCUCUUCUCGCGGGCCCUGCUCCACGGGGCGCUCUUCCUAUUCCUUUCGGCCAACGCCCUGGGCAACUACGUCCUGGUCAUCCAGAACUCCCCGGACGACCUGAGCGCCUGCCAGGGAACCUCGGCCAGCAGGGCUCCGUGCCCCCCGCCCAGCACCCACUUCUGCCGAGUGUGCUCCAGAGUCACCCUGAGACAUGACCACCACUGUUUCUUCACCGGCAACUGCAUCGGCAGCAGGAACAUGCGCAACUUCGUCCUGUUCUGCCUCUACACCUCCCUUGCCUGCCUCUACUCCAUGGUGGCCGGCGUGGCCUACAUCUCCGCGGUCCUUUCCAUCUCCUUCGCCCACCCCCUGGCCUUCCUCACGCUCCUGCCCACCUCCAUCAGCCAGUUCUUCUCCGGAGCUGUCCUCGGUUCUGAAAUGUUCGUCAUCCUCAUGCUGUACCUCUGGUUUGCCAUCGGCCUGGCCUGUGCCGGCUUCUGCUGCCACCAGCUGCUGUUGAUCCUUCGGGGGCAGACCCGCCACCAGGUGCGAAAGGGGGUGGCAGUGAGGGCCCGGCCCUGGCGCAAGAAUUUACAGGAGGUCUUCGGAAAGAGGUGGCUGCUAGGCCUGCUGGUCCCUAUGUUCAAUGUUGGAAGUGAGAGCUCCAAGCAGCGGGACAAGUAGCAGGCACUGCCAUCAUGUCUUUGUGUGUGUCAACUCCUCCUGAAUGUAAGACCACCGCACCCUUGUCUCCACCCACGACCCACCAUAACCUUGGGCUGGUAAGGUCUUAGCAUGCACCCAGGUCUGCAACCCACAGAGAACAGCAUCAGCAGGUGGCUCAUGACAAGGAGGAAGAAUGGCCACCCAGGCAUCGCUAGGCCCCUCACAAGCUGGCCAGGUGGCUGCUGACUGCUAGGAUACCUCUGCUUUUUUUUCUUCUCCUUGGGAUGCCCGCUUCCCCUCUGCUUGGCUCAUUAGCUCUCUACCAAGUCUCAUGUCAUCACUGCUGACUACUAGAGCCCUUCCUCCCAGGCUCCAUGUUGGGAGUGGGGAGUGGGGAGUGUAUUCUUGCUGCUGGGUUGAAGUUCCCCAGGACCUGUGGGCUGGCAAGUGAUUAAAAUUACCAUGUGUGAGAGGCAGCCAAGUCAGCCCUGCUAGGGAAGUUGGGAAAGGGUGGGCACAUGCCCUCAUCUCCUCUGUAGUAUUGUGGGCAGCAAAGGGAAAAAGAAUUCAGUAGCUUGCUGUCCACCCCCAAGGAUCAAGGUCCUUUCUCAGAGACAGCAAACAAUGGCCCGGUAUUUCCAGCUGCUGUUCCCUGCCCACCCUGCCCAGCUGGCCACCCCAGCCCAGCCCAGGACCUGGCUGGAUACUGCCUUUUUCAAGCACUCUUUCAGCCUUCCCCCUUGGUCUCCAGUCUUUGGGUCUUUGCCAGAUGCUGGAAAGGCAAGGAAGAAGGGAGAGAGAAAGUGGAGUUACUGAAAAAUGAGGGAGGCAUGUCACUGUAUCAUAGUAUAGAAGGGGACACGUGUGUGUGUGUGUGUAGCAGGACAUAGGUGGUGGCGAGGAAUGUUGUUAUGAACACAGAGGAAGAAUGCUUAGGGGAGGCGGAAAAUGGGCAGGGGAGAUAGUUCAUUUAUACCCUCUAUAAAGGACACUCUGGCAGCUAAAGCUGUUCGAUGUUUGAAUGGCUACCUGCGGAGGUAGUGAGUGCUCCACCAUGGUAGGUUUUCCAGCAGGGACUGGGUAGUCAUCUGCCAGGCAUGUGCAAGGGAUUUCUACAUGGACUCUUUCUAGAUGAGCUUAGACAUCCCUUCCCACCCCAAGAUUCUAGUGUCCUCUGUGAUUGCUGGGCCCAGAGGCAAGAUCUUGCAGAGAUAACCUGUGAGCUAUUUGCUUUCAUAGACAGUAGGGUGGGGAUGGAAGGGGUCCAAAAAUCAUGAUACAAACUUUCAGGAUCCAACCAAGCCACUGGGCACAGAGCCACUGGAGAGACAGGACUACCUGGUUGAGGGGGCUGGUAUUUGAGAGCAGUGAGAUGGAGCAUCGUAAGGGUCAGAUGCAGGCAGUGGUGGGGAGAGAAGAGCCAGCAGGUCAUGCUCAGCUCUGAGGGGUGAGAUUGGGGGAGUUGAGGCUGGGGGGUGGGGAUGACCAGAAUAUAAGGUUGCAAUUGCCAGAUCAUCCCUGGCUCCGGCUGGGGGCCCUGCUAUGUGUUCUGGUACCCAGAGGACCAGACUCCUGGGGCAUAUGAAGGAGCUGGGACAACACAAGUGCCCCUUCCUGACUGGGCCCCAGGCCAAACCAACAUCCAUACAGGCAGGAGAGCUGAAGCCCACACCCUGCUGUGCCCAGCAGGUGGCCACAGCCACCCCAAGGGUUUCUGCACAAUACCCGGAGUUCUUGAGCAGAGCUUGGGAGGACUUUACCUUGGUCCUACCUUUAUGCCCUCUAAAGAGCUAAUGUAGAAAUGGCUUGGCCUGCUCAUAGUUCUCCCUCCCACAUUAAUUCAUUAAUUCAUUCAUUUACCUGACAUAUAUUUAUUGAGCACCAACUAUGUGCCCAAGUCUCUUCCAGGCACUGGCAAUACAGUGACGAACAGGACAACAAGAUCCCUGCCAUCACUGGUACCUUGCCACUGCUCCCCUGUGCACUGGCUCACACUCCCUGAAAAAAGGCCACUCUGAAAUCUCGGUGGUCAGCAGGGCAGGUCACUUGGAGGGAAAGGAUGUGGCACAAAGGACUGAAGGGCAGCCUAAGCUGCCUCGAUGGAGGAAUUACUGGGGGUAUCUGCACCCCCAAUUCUGGCCAUACUACUUAAACAGUGGGAGGGAGAGGGGAGAAGGUUAGAGCAGUUCAGGCCUUGGCUCUCUCUUGACCCCAGAGCUCAAGCUUGGAAGCCAGUCCUGCCAUUUCCAGCCUCCUGGAGUCUCAGCACAAUGAGAACUGACAUCCACAGAGGGGCAAAGAGAGAUCUGUCGGGGGAGGGACAGAGGGGUGGGUCAGUUCCUGGCAGACCAGCCAAUGGGGGUGAUGGUUGCGAGGUUGCCAGGUGUGGGACUUGAGUAGCAUUUGUACACAUGGCCCUGUAUUGGCAAUGAAGAACAUCAAUACAGUAUGUGGUUUUAAAUUGGGUUUGAUAUGAUUGUAUGUGGCACUGUGGUUGGCGGCAGGCUGGCAGGGCUGGAAUGUACUGAUGCAGUCAUAUUAGCUUUUCAAAUAUUUAAAUAAGUAUUAAAAAUAUUCUGUCCAAGUUGGUAAGUAAGCAUGGCCCAGAUUCCCUAUGUAACCCAUCCCUGCUGACCUGGCUCCUCCCUGGGGACCCCUGGCUCACUCCACAAUCCAGCAACUAAAGGAGUAAUGCCUGGCCUUGCAUGGGGCCCCCAGGACCCUGCUCCAGCCCUCAGCCAACAUCCAUUGUGAUUGGCAGGGGCUGUAUGGUGGCAAAUAUGUGAAUAUCAGCCCUGGUUGGCAGCGACCUAUCCUGUAGAGCUGGGCUCUGUAGACUCAUGGGACGAGGGAUGGAAUAUCUUACCUGAAAACACCUUCCGUCUCCUUUUUCUCCUCCUCCUCCUCUCCCUUCCCUCCUCAUGUCAGAUGGCAGGUGGGAAAGAGAAUGAAGAGGAUAACUCUGAGGAUCAGCCAGUGCCCUCUGCCCUCUCAGCCCCUAUGACACUUGGAGACCUUGGGCUGCCAGCGUGAGGGCAGCUGGGAGGGGAGUGAGCCCCGCAGGGAGUGGGCACUGAGUAGGUGAAUAGCCAUGGCCUCUGAUGCAUCCUAACUGCAUGCAGGCCUGGACUGAUGGAGGACACACUGCAAAGUGAUGAUUUUAUUUGGGCUGUUGAAGAAACUUCAGCCUAGGCCAUAUGGUCUGCGUUCCCUGAACACACGCCAACAGGCAACCAGCAAGGCAGCCCGCAGAUGUGCUAGGGGAGCUGGAUGAAUGGAGCUGUGGCUAACCAUCAGCACCUUCUAGAGCAUGGGCUGUCUACACUCCACAGGGCAGACACCACACCUGCCUUGUUCACCAUUGCAUACUUGAUGCCCAACAGAGACUAGGCAUGUAGUAGGUACUCGAUAAGUAUUAGGUAAAUGAAUGCACAGAUCUUGUGCUCUUUUGCUUACUCCACAUCUCUUAUUCCCCUGAUGUGCCCAGCACUGUGCCAUGCACAUUGUGGGGCUCGAAAACAGACAAGACAACUCUGUCCUGAGGAGCUCCCAGCCUCAGAGGAGUGAGAGAGCACAUCCAGCUGUCGGGACUAGGGAGCUCCGUUUGUGCAGGGCCUGGAAGGAUGGAUGAGAUUUCAGCAGGUGGAGAGGGACAGAGAGGGCUUUCCAGGGAGAAGGAACAGGAAUGGAGCCUCGGAGUGUAGGGGACAUGAUGGAGAUGCCCAGGGAGUUAAGGCUGAGGGUCAGCACCCCAGCAAGAGGGCUUUGAAUUCCAAGCUAAGGGAUCUGGAGUGAAUUUCACAGGCAGUAGGGAACCAUUGAAGGUUUUCAGCAAGAGAGUGGCAUGAUCUGAGCUAGAUUUCAGAAAAGUAGAGCCUUGGAGGAUAGGCUUGAAGUGGAAGAAACUGGAGUUUGAGGGACCUGAUAAGAGGCAUAUAUGUUAUAUCUGAGUGACAUGUGACAAGCAUCUGAGUGGUAGUAUCUGUGGACUGGUAAGGAGGGAAAAGGUAUUAAAGGCAAUUCACAGACAAUGGGACAUGCUUAGAGGGGUACUGGGGAGAAGACUCAAGAUGGCCCUGAAGGUUGAGACAGGGUGACUAGGGUGACCUCAAAGGACAGGCCAUCAGGAGCACUGGGAUAUGGAGAAGAUCAUGAGGCUGAGGUUCAGGGUUGCCCAAAGCAUUAGCUCUGUCAUUGGCAGUCAAUGGUGUCAUUCUUAACUGACCACUUUGCAACCUUGUCUGGAGGAAGGGGUUCAGGGGACAUCUGCUGGUCAUAAAAUGCAGCACAACACUCUGACUCCCAAAGCCACGGUAGAACCAUCUGCCUGUGGCAAAGAUCCUCUGGCCCCUACACCCAGUGUCAGAUGGAGUGAGACACUUGGCUCUCCAGUACCUCUAUAUUCUCAUCCAGAAAGUGGGUACUCUGCUUUGGCCCAUGCCCUUGUGUCAGAUCAGGCGAAAUAGAAACUGCUUCACUCUAGGCUUCAGGAACCCAAGGAGCUUUGGAAAGAGGACAAACUUGAGGACACUUGAACCCAUGUCCCCCUCCACUAUAAUGUCAGUCCUUAAGUCCCAGGAAUCAGUCUCUUUCCCUAGGAACAUGAUUGUCCUUGUCACUAUCCAUGCAUUUGGUCUCCCAAAUGCCCUGGCACACUCUACCAUGCGUCUUUCAACUGGGUUCAUUCCUCCUCAUGAGAUUCCCCCUCAGCUCCCUCCUGCCCUGCCUUGGGGCAUACUCUCAGGGAUGCUUGGGAGGCAGCCCCUCCUGCCAGGGAGAGAAGGGGGAUGGGCAGGGAGCAAGGAAGCAUUGCUCCUGUCUUAUCUGAGAGACUUUAGAGAUGAGACAGAACUGUGAACCUGCUCACCAGCUCAGAUGGUGUCUGCGGGUAGCUCAGCUGUUCCUAAUGUUGGCCUCUGUUUCUGCCCUUGUUCCUCUCUCUAUGCGUGGUACAGGCCCAGCUACUCCACUCAUUCCUCAAACAUUCACUGAUUCUGACACCAUGCCAGGCACGAUGCCAAGAACCAGGAAUGCGAAGAUGAAUGAGACCCAGUAGCUGACCUCAGGAAGCUCACUGGGAAGAGGACAAAUUGCAGAUCACUAUGAUUCAGUAGUAUGAGUGCUGGUGGGAGGACAGUGCACUAUGGAGCCUGGAGGAGAGCAGUCACUCAACCGUGGGCAGACUGGAAGACUUCUCAGAGGAGGCAACAUCUGGGUUGUGCAGGAUGAAUAUGCGUUGGCCAGGCAAAAAAGCAGGACUGUGGGUGGGUGUGGGGGUGGGAGGGACUGUGCAGAGGCAGGGAUGCCAGGUGACUUCUAGGGAUUCCAAGUCUGCAUUUCAGAGUGAUGGGUGUAAGUAUGAAUCCUGCAGCCAGAGUUGGAGAUUCUGUUCUCAGGCCACAUUCCCCAAGGACCCUGCCUCCUCACUCUGAUCACUUCUUAUAAAACCCUGACUCAUCCGAGCUCUUAGUGUCCCAUUUGGAUGAGUCAAGCAUGAAUUAAUGUGUCUAGUUUUUCUAAGUGAUCCACAGGGUCCUCCCAGUUGGAGACCAAAGGCAGAGGGUUGUGUAUUUCCCAGGCAAUCAGCCAGAAGCUGCUGGAGAGCUCAACUGGGGACAUCGACGAUCUCUAGACCUCUCUCUGCACCCAAAGAAGGGCCUCUGGGAGCUCCCCAUCACUCUUGCCUUCCUGCUCAGCCUCAGCACAUGGGGUUGGAAGGAAACACUCCUAGUAAGAUGGCUUCCAGGAGCUGGAGUAGCAUUGCAAAGGCUGGAACCCUAGCAUGUAGGAGUGACCUUUCGUAGCAUACAAUGCCCCCGUCCUGACUGGCAAGGUAGUUCCCUUCAUGGCCCUCUGUACCCAGUGGGCACUUCCUCAUAACCUGGUGGCCCCAGCAUGCCUCCUCCAUUAGCCUAGGCCUCUCCCAGCCCCUACACAUUGCACUUCUCCAUAGGGCCCGUCUUCAACUGUUCUAGCUCCCUGGGGAAUCUUCUGUCCCAAACUCCCACUGCCCUUGGCAGCUCUCUGUCACUCUGACUCCCUUCCUGCUGUGGGUUUUGUCUUCCAGUUGUACUGCAAACCCUUGGAGGGCAGGAAUGGAGAUGGUAGAAUCCUUUGGUGUCCCCUAGUACCUAGUAUGGUGUAGGGCAUGUAUUGCUGAUACCGUAAUUCUACUGCUAGUAAUAAUGAUGUUUACUGAGCAUUCACUACAUGCCAGGCCCUUGUCAUACAAACACUUUACCUGUAUUAACUCAUUUAUUGCUCAUAGCAACCCUAAGAGGUAUGCUUUAUCAUAACCUCUAUUUUCCAGGUAAAGAAAUGGAAGCACAGAGAGGUUAUGUAGCUUGCCCAACGCCUUGCAGCUAGUAAGUAGCAGAGCUGGGAUUCAAACCCAGGCUCCCUGCUCCAGAGUCUAUCCUUUUAACACAGACACUAGACUGUCUUUCUAUUGUGGACUAUUGCAGACACCCAAUAAAUUCCCUGCUGAAAAUUAA